UAAAAAUGGUUAAUAAGCUAAAUAAUGUCGUUAAAAGAUCUACAAAUGUUCCAACCAUUGAAUCGUGAGAAGGUGUACAACCGACUUGUGACGCCGCUCAAAGCUCCACCGUCUGCUUUGUCCAGGCAUAUUUCUAAAUCAGCAGAGACUUUAGUAGCUACUACAAGAUGUGGCAAAGAGAUCAAGAGUCGCAAAGCUCGGAGCACCGAGCAGCCUGGGUCAGGCGGUCUGCCGCCGCUGGCACAUAACUGGCCCGAUGACCUCAGCCUUAGGAGCAGAUCUAGGAAUGGAAGCGGCAGCAGCCGUGCGGGUAGCGUGGACCGCAGCACGCGCGGCUCUACCACCACGCUCAAUUCCGACGAAGACAACAUCAACGUUGUCGUCAGAGUGAGACCAGUGAGCGAUCAAGAGCGCAGUCACGGUGAGCGCGAGGUACUGGAGUUCCCUGGCAAGGGCCAGGUGAUCUGCCCCGGCACUGCGCCCGGCCAGAAGCAUAAAGUAUUCUCGUAUAACGUCGUCUUUGAACCAGCGGCUUCUCAGGAAGAUGUCCUGGAAUAUUCGGGAGUGAAGCGACUGCUAGAGAUGGCUGUGGAGGGGUUCUCCUGUACGGCAUUCUGCUACGGGCAGACAGGAAGCGGGAAAACACACACACUCACAGGACCGCCGGGACUGGUAGAGAGAGGAGCCAGUCCGUUCUCUCCAGAUCACGGACUAGUUGUGCGGUCCUUUGUCUACCUUUUCCAACUAAUACGUGACCGACCUGACUGUCAUUUUGUAUUGAAGGCAUCCUUUUUAGAAAUCUACAAUGAAAAGGUUAUAGAUCUCCUAAACCCUGGCACUGCUAAGAAACCACUGCAAGUGCGUUGGUCGAAAGAAAGUCGUAGCUUUUACGUCGAAAAUCUUUUUACCGUCGACUGCGAGGAGUUGGAUGACUUAUUUGCUGUUCUGGAAGAAGGUACUCGUAACCGCGCUGUGGGUUCUCACUCGAUGAACGCGCACUCGUCCCGCUCGCACACAGUACUGAGCGUGCGCGUGCGGCGCGACGUUCGCAGCGAGCGUGACGUCACGUGCUCCACUCACGGCAAGAUCAACUUCGUGGACCUCGCCGGUAGCGAGAUGACAAAGCGCACACACAGCACCGGCAAGACAUUGGAGGAAGCUAAUAAUAUUAACAGAAGUCUUAUGGUACUAGGAUAUUGUAUAGCACAGUUAAGUGACGGUAGAAAGAAAGGUCACAUACCAUACCGGGACAGUAAGCUGACAAAACUCCUCGCUGAUAGUCUGGCGGGGAACGGGGUUACGUUAAUGAUAGCGUGCAUUGCGCCAACGAGAGCCAACCUCAGCGAGUCUGUCAACACACUGCGCUACGCCGCCAGAGCUAAGAAAAUCAAAUCCAAGCCCAUAGUUAAAAUUGACGCAAGAGACGCGCUAAUUCUGAGCCUAAAAAGAGAAGUUGAGCUCCUACAGGCUGAGAAUCAACAUCUGCGGACAGCUCUGCACGUACACAUCGAUUACAAUGUGGAUCCCUUAGACGAGAGAGACAUGACACCUCGCAUCGAGAGCAACCAGCUGCACCAACUGGGCCAGUCCGAGCUGGUGCGGUUGGUGCAGCUGCACAUGGCGGAGAGCGCUGCGCUGCGCCGCGAGAACCGCGACCUGUUCGCUGCUCGCGACCUUCUGCUGCGCGAUCACGAGCUCGUCACCAGAGAGAACGAACGUCUGCUCAAGAAGCUCGAAGAUGUCAACUCCGUUUGCAUUCGGUCCCCCAUCAUACCGGCCCGGCCUACUUAUUCUGAAACCAGUACUAAAGAACCUGAUGUUUGGACAAACCCCUCCGUUUCAUCGGCAAACAGUAAUAAAGGCAGAGACAAAUUUAAAACUUAA